GUGAGAUAUCCAUCAUCAAGGAAUUAAACUGAAUCUCAAACAAUACAGUUGAUUAUCUCAAGUGUUCUAAAUUUCCAAGAAAAGCAAGAAGAAAUGGCUGACAACUCCCAGAAGAUGAGCUACCACGCUGGUGAGGCCAAGGGCCAAGCUCAGGAGAAGGCCAACACAAUGAUGGACAAAGCCGGGAAUGCAGCGCAAUCCGCCAAGGAAUCAAUGCAGAAUGCAGGAGAACAGGUGCAGGCUAAGGCACAGGGAGCUGCUGACGCUGUCAAGGAUGCCACUGGCAUGAACAAAUGAUCCAUGCAAAAGUUAUAAUAACUUGUGCCUAUAUUUUUUUAGGCCAAUUUCUUCUUUAAUAUGUUUUUUCUUUUCUUUUUUGGCUGUAUUCUUUAAUUUGUUUUCGUUUAAAGAAGAGAGCUCUACUCCUCUAAACUUUAUAAAAGCUUUUUUUUUUCCCCUUA